AUGACUUACAAAUUUGCAAUUCUCGAUGACUACCAGGGCAUUGCGCCCGCAUACUUCACGCACGAGUCACGCGUCGAGAGUUCUAGCUUCCCCGAGACCCUUGACCCCCGCGAUCCUACACAACACGAUGCUCUCAUCCAACGACUCUUGCCCUUCGAUAUCAUUCUAGCAAUGCGCGAGCGAACACCUUUCUCUGCCAAAACAAUCGCCGCCCUUCCCAAUCUGAAACUUCUUCUGACCACCGGUACUCGCAAUCUGGCCCUAGAUCUCGAGGCAUUCACGUGUGCCAAGGUCCCUGUCGCGGGAACCGAGGGCCGACCGCCUGGUGUCAAUUCGACUGUGCAGCAUACAUGGGCAUUGAUAUUGGGACUCGCCCGCAAUCUCGCCCGCGAUGAUGCAGCUGUCAAGCGUGGCGCGUGGCAAGGCUCUCUGGGGGUCAAUCUGUCGGGAAAAACACUGGGACUGCUCGGCUUGGGGAAGCUAGGCUCACAAGUAGGAAACAUUGCGAGUCUGGCAUUCGGCAUGAAGGUUUUAGCCUGGUCCACAAACCUGACACAAGCAAAGGCCGACGAGCAAGCCCAGGCUCAAGGUCUUCCUGCUGGUACCUUUGUUGUCGCUGCAUCCAAAGAGGAAUUCUUCAAACGGUCCGAUAUCGUCAGUGUGCACAGCGUUUUAUCAGAUCGAAGCCGCGGCAUUGUUGGCUCGGCUGAGCUGGCAAAUAUGCAAUCCUCUGCAUUUAUUAUCAACACUUCGCGUGGUCCGUUGAUCGAUGAGAAUGCGCUCCUGGAGACAUUGAAUGCAGGCAAGAUUCGUGGCGCCGCGCUAGAUGUAUUUGAUCCAGAACCGUUGCCUCUCGAUAGUCCCUGGCGAACCACUCCCUGGGGACAAGAUGGGCGCAGUGAGGUGCUGUUGACCCCUCACAUGGGAUAUGGAGAAGAAGAUCUACUGCGAGGAUGGUAUCGAGAAACUGCAGAGAAUUUGGAGAGAUGGCUAGAUGGAAAGGAACUAUUGCGCAAGAUGAAUUAA